CCCUUUUGUUCUUCACCAUUUUUUUUUUCAAUCUGAAUUCUGAGGAAAGCAAGAAUCUUUUACAGAUCAAAUAAUUGUUAAUUACCGUUUAAAAAACAAAGGGUUUCUGUUAGAAUUAGAGAAUUUGACUCCAAUUGUCUCUAUUGAUCUCUGUUUUGAAAGUACUACAAUUAGGGUUUCUGAAUUCAUCAAAUUAUGAAGAUAAUUCAAGGUUUUACUCCUGUAACACCCCGAACAGUAAAAUCAUCUCCAUUUCCACCAUUAAAACCUUCUCCUUUAUCAUCAGAAAAGAAGAUGACCAUCCCUUCUUCAGCCGAUUAUUUUCAAUCUCCAAGUAAUGAAGUUGAUUCUCCGUAUGUUAAAAACGAUCUGAUGAUCAAAAAGGAUGCAAGCAAGCUUGUUACAGUGAAGAAGCAUAAUCGCUUCGAUGUAUCUAUUGAAGCAAUUAAGUGUUUUCGUAGUCUUUGCUCUCAGGAAACGCAAGAAUCUCUUGAUAAUGUGCUCAUUGAUCUUUACAAGAGAGCUGGUAGAUUAAACGAACAUAUUGAACUUCUUCAACAUAAACUUCAGCUCGUUGAAGAUGGUGUAACAUAUGGUGGGCAACGAACUAAGACAGCAAGAGCUCAGGGGAACAAGUACUAUUGCUACAUUGAGCAGGAGAAAUCAAGAUUAUUAGGGAACUUAGGAUGGGCUUACAUGCAACAGGAGAACUACGAGCUUGCUGAAGAAUCUUAUAGGAAAGCUUUAUCUAUUGAGCUAGACAAGAACAAACAAUGCAAUCUUGCCAUCUGUUUGAUGCACAAAGGGAUAGUUACGGAAGCGAAGUCUCUACUGGAAACAGUAAAACCUUCAGCAGCUGAGCUUGAAUUAGCUGAUUCCUAUAUUAAAUCAUUUGACCGUGCUACCGAGAUGCUUUCUGAGAUUGAUUCAGGUCCAGCUCUGAAACCACUUGAGCAGAAGAAAGAACCCUUAGAGAAGCAGUACUCGUACUCAAAUACUUAUUCAGCGCCGUUAAGAAAAGAUAGGAGGCUUCAAGUUUUUAAGGAAAUCACUCUCCAGGAGGCUUCAAUGAAGCAACUGAAUGGUGCUGAUGAGGCGAUUGAAGCCUUUAAAUCCUUUCGCAGUCUGUGCUCUCUGCAAACUCAGGAAUCGCUUGACAAUGUGCUCAUUGAUCUUUACAAGAAAGCUGGUAGAAUGGGGGAACAUAUUGAACUCCUUCAACGUAAACUACAGAUCCUUGAAGAUGGUGGUAACAAGUCCCAUUGCUGUUCCGCUGAGCAUGAGAAAUCAAGGAUACUAGGAAACCUGGGAUGGGCUUAUAUGCAACAGAAGGAAUACAAAGUUGCUGAUGAAUUCUAUGGGAAAUCGUUAUCUGUUGAACCAGAUGAGAAGAGUAAUCAAUGCAGUCUUGGCAUCUGCUUCAGUCAGAAAGAAAGAAUUUGGCACGCCAAGUGUCUACUUCAAAACCACGUGGUUGGUGGAAGAGGUUUGGUGCAUUCAAAUUUACGAGUUUCUUCUUUCACUACUAAAGUUCAGCAACAAAACCAUGGGUUCGGAGGAAAAUGGAGAGUUGAUGAUUCACAUUCCCGGGGUUCAGCCAUUAAUGGGUCAGAUUCUAGUAUUGGAAACUUGGAACCUUUCAGUUCAUUUAAGAGUGGGAAAAGUUGGGCAGAUAUGGUUGAGAAAGAUGAGGAGGAGUGCUCAAGUAUAUUUUCUUCUGAAAAUAUGGUUGAAUCUGUCAGUGAGUGUAGUAGCAGCGAAGAUUCGAGUUACAUGUCUCAAGAGACUGAUAUUAGACUAGUGCUUGAAAAAUGGUACAAAAAGAACGAAGCUAUUCACAGUAGUGAUGAUCUGAAUGAUGCAGAGGAUAAUCUACAACUAAGGUUUGAAGCAGUUGAUAUUAAUGGAGAAUUCAGAAAACCAGCAGCUCGACGUUCACUUUAUUUUGAUCCGCAUCAGGAACAAGAACCCUUACCACAGCAGUACUUGUACUCGAAUACAGAUGAAUGUGCAGGUAGCAAUCGAAGUACUUGUUCAGAUUCUGACAAUGACAGUUCAGGUGUGCAUUUUCCGUUUGACAUGGAUUGUUUUGGGGAUGCUUCAAAACAUGUGUUAGAUACUGUGAAAAAGAGCAUAGAAAGCGUGUAUGUCAGUCAGCCUCCUGUCCAUGAGAAACACAAGCGGGGAACAGUGGUAAUUGUGUUUCUUGACGGCAGUAAACUAUAUGUGCUAUCGGACAGCAGGUUAAGCUAUGAAUUCAUUCAUCCUGAUACCAAUGUAAAGGAAUAUAGAAUCUGCUAUCGUACUAAAGAAAAAUGGGAAGGCUUGCGUCUGAAAGUAGAAGAAGUUGGUGAGAAAAUCACAGCCUGCGAGGGAUUCAUUACAGCUUUGGCGGGAAACUACAAAAUUGCACAUCAUGUUUGUGAAAAUCUUAAGCAAAUGUGGAUCAAUGAAGAAAUCAAUUCUGAUCAUGAAUUUUUAGUCGAGAGAUUGGGCGAUCACUCCACUGAUACUGAUUUCGUGUUAGUUACUCCCACCAACGCUGGUGGUUUUCAGAUUAGCUCUGUGACAGAUGAGGGAGUAUGCCCUAUGGUUGGUAAGUUUUUAUGUUUAGGCAGUGGGGGAAAUUUAGCAGAAACACUUAUACGGGAAAAAUUAGAUCUACUUGAAGGAAAAACCAGCUGUGAAACUGUGGAAAUGCUCAAGGAGAUUGCGUAUGAAGUCUGCAUACAUGAAUCAACCGUUGGGGGAGUACUGACAGUUGCAGCUUGUGAAGUUAUCGAAAAAAGUGAUAAAGAUAAAAGACUGAAAACCGAGUUCUUUAGAUUCCCUCCAUUUAAAAGAGUGUGGUCUAUCACAAUCUUGGAUGAUGGCAUAUACGUUGCAAAGGAUGAUAGUUUCUUGUCGAUUGACAAAAAUGUUUUGGAUACUGGAAUCCUCGAAAACAUUGAGGAGGGGGACUUGAGUGAUUAUCUUUUUAGGCCAGACUUGGUUAAAGUUCGGAUAUUUCUGGAUGCAACAGAUCCAGAGUUUUAUCAUGCGUCAAACUAUUUCGAAAGAACAGACUUCAUGGAUUUUGAAGACUUGGUUUUGAGCUACAACCAAGCUAAACAUAAAUUCAAGAUAGUACUAGAAUCUGCAGAAAAGGAAAUUCAAGAACUUUACAAGUCAAUGGUUAUUGGUAAAACAAGAAUGUUACAGUUUUCGUUAUCUGUUGAUUGAUUCCAGCAUUUGAACUUGUGUACAGAUUUAUUGGUGCAAUAAAACGUUGUUAUAUGAAUUCUAUUUUUGAUUCAA